AUGUCAUCCUCUAGAUUUGUCGUUUUCCAAGGAGCUAGGAAUUUUAGGUUACGAGUUAUACUCUCAACUCUAUCUGGCCGACCAAUCAAGAUAGAGAAAAUACGCUCCGAUGACAUGAACCCCGGUUUAAGGGACCAUGAAGUGUCAUUUUUGAGACUCAUAGAGGCAGUAACUAAUGGAAGUAUAAUUGAAAUUUCAUACACAGGUACUACGGUAAUUUUUAAGCCUGGUAUUAUAACUGGAGGUACAUAUACUCACAAUUGUGCAGGAGCAAAGCCAGUCGGAUACUUCGUGGAACCUAUGCUAUAUCUUGCUCCAUUUUCGAAGAAAAAGUUUUCAAUUCUCUUCCGUGGGAUUACGGCUUCCCACAGCGAUGCUGGAAUUGAAGCUAUAAAGUGGGGUCUAAUGCCAAUUAUGGAAAAAUUUGGUGUGAGGGAGUGCGCUCUCCAUACUCUCAAGAGAGGUUCCCCGCCACUGGGAGGUGGGGAGGUACAUUUGAUUGUCGACUCACUCAUUGCUCAACCGAUUACUAUGCACGCUUUAGAGAUACCACCAAUAUCAUCAAUUAGAGGAGUUGCAUAUUCUACCAGAGUAAGCCCUUCUAUGGUGAAUAGGAUGAUUGAUGGGGCGAAAGAAGUGUUGAAAAGAGUUGGAUGCGAAGUCAAUAUCACGGCAGAUGUUUGGAGGGGAGAAAACUCAGGUAAGAGCCCUGGUUGGGGGUUGACUCUCGUUGCUGAAAAUAAGAGCGGUUGGAGGUACUUUACAGAAAACAUUGGUGGCGCGGGUGACAUUCCUGAAGACGUCGGAAGAGAAGUGGCCUAUGAACUGUUGGAAGAGAUAUCGAAAAGCGGCGUAGUUGGAAGAACUCAACUGCCGUUGGCUAUAGUUUACAUGGUAAUUGGGAAAGAAGACAUCGGAAGACUGAGAAUAAAUCAAGAUCAAAUCGACGAGAAAUUUAUAUGGCUACUCAGAGACAUCAAGAAAAUUUUCGAUACUGAGGUUUUUCUAAAGCCUGUGGACGAUAUUUCCAGUAGAGAUCUCAUUGCCACUAUUAAGGGCGUUGGAUUCACCAACACCAGUAAAAAAAUUGCAUAA